AUGGAAGGAUCUAGCGGCUCCAGUUUUGGAAUAGACACGAUUUUGUCUAAUCCCAGGUCCGGCAGCCCGGGCAUGAUGAACGGAGACUUUCGAGCGGCCCACGGCGAGGCCAGGGCGGCGGAUUUCCGCAACCAAGAGACCCCUUCCCCCUGUUCGGAAAUUGACACUGUAGGGACGGCUCCCUCCUCGCCCAUCUCGGUCACCGCGGAGCACCCUGAGCAGCAUCUGGCGCCAGACGGCCUCCCUCCACAGCAUCACCACCUUCAUCACGGCCAGCAUCCGCAGCAGCCAAAGCAGCAGCAGCAGCAAAGUUUGCAGCAAUCGCCCCAGCCGCCGCUGCCGCCGCUGGGUUCGGGCAGCUCUGCCCCCAGGACUUCCACUUCUUCCUUUCUCAUUAAAGACAUUUUGGGAGACAGCAAACCGCUGGCGGCUUGUGCACCUUACAGCACCAGCGUCUCUUCCCCGCAUCACACCCCCAAACAGGAGAGCAACGCGGCUAACGAAAGCUUCAGGCCAAAGCUCGAGCAGGACGACGGGAAAGCCAAACUAGACAAACGCGAGGACUCCCAGAACGAGCUGAAAUGCCACGGGGCCAAAGAAGAAGGCGAUCGUGAGAUUUCCAGCAGCCGGGAUAGCCCCCCUGUGCGAGCGAAGAAGCCCCGCAAAGCGCGGACGGCCUUCUCCGACCAUCAGCUCAACCAGCUGGAGAGGAGUUUCGAGAGGCAGAAGUAUCUCAGCGUCCAAGACCGGAUGGACUUGGCUGCGGCCCUCAACCUGACCGACACGCAGGUCAAAACCUGGUACCAAAACCGAAGGACCAAGUGGAAGCGUCAGACAGCCGUGGGGCUGGAGCUGCUGGCCGAAGCGGGGAAUUAUUCGGCGCUCCAGAGGAUGUUCCCGUCGCCCUAUUUCUACCACCCGAGCCUGCUGGGCAGCAUGGACAGCACCACGGCGGCCGCGGCGGCCGCGGCGAUGUACAGUAGCAUGUACCGGACUCCGCCGGCGCCUCAUCCCCAGCUCCAGCGGCCCCUGGUCCCCCGGGUGCUGAUCCACGGCCUUGGACCCGGAGGGCAGCCGGCCCUCAACCCUUUAUCCAACCCCAUCCCGGGGACCCCUCACCCGCGGUGA